AUGGGUAGAGGCACUGAAAACAUGGGAAAAAGGGAGAUUUGGGGUGAGUUAAGAGAAAAGAUUUGGAAUAUUGGACCACUUUGUCUGGACCAAUGCGGAGAAAUUAUCAAUGGACUCAAAAGCUUCAAAUGCAGCGGAGAGUGGUUGGAGGGAAAGCUUAAGCAAGGGAAAGGGGUAUUAUAUGUGGCGUUCGGAUCAGAGGCAGAAAUUUCGAGUGAACAAAUAAAGGAGAUAGAGAUUGGGUUGGAGGAAUCUGGAGUAAACUUUCUAUGGACAAAAAAAGGACAGGACAAAGAUAAAGGGUUUGAAGAAAGAGUAAAAGAUAGAGGGAUUAUAGUAAGGGAAUGGGUUAAUCAAUGGGAAGUGUUAAAACAUGAAGCUGUUAAAGGGUUUUUGAGUCAUUGUGGUUGGAACUCAGUGGUGGAGAGUUUGAGCUGUGGAGUGCCGAUUCUUACUUACCCGUUAAUGGUGGAGCAGAGUUUAAAUGCGAGGAUGGUGGUGGAUGAGUUGACGGCGGGGAUGAGGCCGUCGAAAGGGCCGUCGUCGAUGAAAGGGUCUGUGAAAGGGAAGGUUUUGAAGAGAUUUGUGAGAGAGUUAAUGGAAGGAGAGAAAGGGAAAGAGGUGAGGAAGAAGGCAAUGGAGAUUUCAGAGAUGGCCAAGAAAGCUAUGGCAGAAAAUGGAUCCUCAUGGAUGAAUUUGGAGCUAUUCGUUCAGGAAAUGUGCAACAAAUCACCAUUGUUAUUGCAUACGGAUUUGCCAGCAUUCAAUGGACGUGGGAUAAAUUAUACAUAAUAAAGGUUUGUUUGCAGAUCGCCCUAUGGUUAUUUAUUGUGUGUCGGUAUAUUUAAUUUGAAAAAUUAUUUAGGUGCAUGUUGCAUUAACUCACAAGUGACAAAUAUUUACGUGAUGUUUGGCAUGUGAUAAAUAUUUCUGUAGAAAAAUUGAUUUUUUUUUUUUUUACAAUGUA